AUGAUAAGAUCAUUUGAACGAAGUGCAUGGGAUAUUGUGCAGCAUUUCACGAAUCGAAGAAGGUGUAUAAACUCCGAUUUUAGUGUGACAGAUGAAGAUGACACAUGCAUAUCUGAAACUCGGGUCGCGUUCACUAAUUUGAAACACCCAUGGCGGCAGAGGGAAAUGUCCCUAAAUCUCAAGGGACCUAUGUGUCAGGCUGCAGUACGGGCUGUUUUGUUGUGCGGCCGAGAGACAAGGCCUCUUCGAGCAGCGGAUCUUCGACAACCAUUGUCCCAGAGGCAUAAAUAUGUAGAAAAGAAGGCGUUCAGCCGUAGCACCUUUUCAGAGCCUAACUGCCAUGCCACCCGAAGGUUGCACGAGGGUUGGGAUACUGUCAGGUUGCCCAAGCCUAGACAGGGGAAGUCGAGAAGCAAAAGUCGGAUUCGAACCACGGACCUUCCGGCAGUCUGCUACCGGAUCUUCGAUUUAGCGCACCUCGUCUCUCGCCUUAUGGGCCCAGAUCAAAUGUUGGGUAUCAAUUAUCGUCAUCUGUCUUCAGUAGUAGUUUCCCCCUGUCAGUUACCGGCGAUGGUAAUAACUAGUCGGAGACACCUACAAGGCUGGAUAACCAUAAGAGUUGGCGCUAAAAUACUCGUGUAUAGAAACUUCUGA